AUGGAGGAUCCAGUGCCCGCCUCAGAGUCCAAGCACAGCCUCAUGGGCCUACCAACAGAGCUCCAUCUCCAGAUAGCCUCGUACCUCCCCUACCCCGACGCGCUAGCAUUGAAGCACACGAGCCGCCAUUUCUACUCGUUCGUGUACACGGGCGUCCAUCUGAAAGUCGAUUGGCUAGUCGAGCGCUUCGAGCUGAAGCUGGAAUGUCCGAUGGAGAAAUGCUCUUUCCGCACCGACGAGGCGUUCUGUAACUGGCGCAUUCGCCGGAUCAUGCAGCGCAGGCGACGCCAUCUGGAGUGUCGGCGCCAGAGAGGAGGGUGUCUUGUUAUUGGCGGCGAGACGUGUCAGAAGGUCCUGGUGCCGACUUGGUUGAAGGGAUCGAGGCGUCGGGAGAUGGUUGGGUUUGUUGGGGUUGAAGUUUUGAUACAUGGGUUGAUCUUUCUAUGUGUCAAUCUGCUGUGGCAUCUUGUGAUCAGAGUAUCACGGCUUGUCGUGGUGUCAUGA